GCCGCUUCCCUCCAGGAGAACACGGUGCAGCCGCGCACACGUCCAGCAGCACCGGGAGAGCUCGAUCGGAACCAGCGCCGGCUCGACCGUCAUCGGGGCUUGGGUUUUUUUUUUUUUUUUUUUUUUUUAAACUACUCCUUCACGGGACCAAAAAACCGGGACCUCAUCUCCGCCAGAGAUCAUGGGUGGCCGUUGACACCUGACUUAGACCCUCCCAAAUUGACCAGCACACUAGAGUAGCCUGAGCACGGCGGUUGGUGCCCUGUGAGCGCUCCCACCAUGGCCGCCCAUCGAAUCAGAGCCGCCACCUCCAACAACGCCCCCCUCCCACGCUGCAAGUCCGAGGGGACGCUCAUCGAUCUCAGUGAAGGAGUGUCAGAAGCCAGCCUCAACGAUGUCAAAGUGCCUUCUCCCAGUACCUUAAGACUGGACGCUACCGCCACCUUCGGUGCUGCCAGGGAAGUGGUUGCCAUUAAGGACUACUGCCCGUCCAGCUUCACCACCCUGAAGUUCUGCAAAGGGGACCGCCUCUACGUUCUGGACUCGACAGGAGGAGAGUGGUGGUACGCCCAUAACAACACGGAGAUGGGUUACAUCCCUGCGGCGUAUGUGGAGCCCAUCAACUUCAGAGACUCGUCCUUCAGCGACAGCGGGAUGAUUGACACGGUGGGAGACUGUCCCGAAGAUGCGGCCCAGGAGACGGACCUUCUCGGGGAGUGGGCUGGGGUCAUUCUGAAACCAACCAUCUUCCAGAAUGGAAAUCCUUUUGCAACAACCCAUACCUCGACAAACCCUUUCUUAAACAAAGGUCCUCAGAGCUCACUCGAUCAGAACAGUAAUGAGAAAUCAGUUGACCUCCUCCUGUUUGAUACGCUCGCUACAUCGGUGCACAACUCCACCAGCAGCACGGCCGCCAACGGCCUGGGCAACGGUGUUUUUAACCCCCUCAGUCCCACUGUGGGCGUGGGGCAGGUGUUGCGCAGGGACAACCCGUUUUUUCGAAGCAAGCGGUCGUACAGUCUGUCUGAGCUGUCCAUCCUGCAGGCUCAGUCAGACGCCCCUCCGGCGUCCUCCAGUUUCUUCGGGGGCCUGAAAGCACCAGCGCCGGAGCAGUUCCAGAGCAGGGAGGACUUCCGGACAGCGUGGCUCAGCCACCGCAAGCUCGCCAGGUCCUGCCACGACCUGGACUCGCUGGGUCAGAACCCAGGGUGGGGUCAAACGCAGCCGGUGGAGACCAACAUCGUCUGUCGGCUGGACAGCUCAGGAGGGGCCGUCCAGCUCCCGGACUCCAACAUCAGCGUACACGUACCCGAAGGCCACGUGGCCCCAGGGGACACCCAGCAGAUCUCGAUCAAAGCUCUGCUCGACCCCCCGCUGGAGCUGAACAACGACCGCUGCACCACCGUCAGCCCUGUGGUGGAGAUCAAACUCAGCAACAUGGAGACCAAAACCAACGUCACCCUGGACAUGAAAGUGUCUGUCGUGGUGAAAAUGGAGAGCAGGGAGACGACAGAAGUCUUGUGUGUCAGGAGUGAUUGUAAAGAGGGACCUUACACCCCCAUUCCUCAGGCGUACAUGUAUGGGGACACAGUCCAGGUGUGUUUGGACAACCUGGAACCAUGCAUGUACGUGUGUGUCGUGGCUCAGUCCCGGUCCCUAUCUCCAGACUCCACAGUUUGGGAGCACGUGGUUAAAAAGAUCACUUUAGGGGUAUACGGUCCUAAACACAUUCACCCGUCCUUCAAGACAGUCGUAGCUAUGUUUGGCCACGACUGUGCCCCAAAGACGUUGUUGGUGAGUGAGGUAGGCAAACAGGCGCAGUCUGCUCCAUCAGUACUGCUGCAGCUCUGGGGUAAACACCAGUUCGUCCUGUCCAAACCCCAGGACCUCCGCGUUGGAGUCUACUCCAACAUGGCCAACUACGAGGUGAAGGUUAGCGAACAGGCCAGAGUGGUCCGGGGCUUCCAGGUUAAACUCGGCAAAGUCAGCAGGAUUGUCUACAUCAUUGCAUCGCGCAACACGGAUGAUGUUUCUGAUUUCACAUUAAGGAUCCAGGUCAAAGACGAUCAAGAUUGUAUCCUGGCUCAGUUUUGUGUCCAAACGCCGCCCCCGCCCCCAAAAGCAGGCCCAAAGACAUCGGUGCAAAGGCGCUUCCUGAAGAAGAAGGAAGUGGGCAAGAUAGUCUUGUCUCCUCUCGCCAUUGCCACCAAGUACCCUGUUUUUCAGGACCAGAGAAUAAAUAACCUGAAGUUUGGAAAAUUAAUCAAAACUGUCAUUCGACAGACGAAAAAUCAGUACUUGCUGGAGUACAAAAAGGGAGACUUUGUAGCCCUGUUGAGCGAGGAGAGGAUCAGGCUGAAGGGUCAGCUGUGGACAAAAGAGUGGUACAUUGGAUAUUACCAGGGCAAGAUGGGAUUUGUUCACGCAAAGAAUGUGUUGGUGGUCGGCAAAGUUAAGCCCAUUUACUUCAGCGGGCCCGACCUUUCGACUUCCUUGCUACUGGAGCAGAUACUGAAGCCCUGCAAAUUCCUCACGUACAUCUACGCCUCCGUAAGAACUAUACUGAUGGAGAACAUCGGCAACUGGCGGGCGUUCGCCGACUCUCUGGGAUACGGCAACCUGCCGUUGACCCAUUUCUGCCGCGCAGAGCUGGACAGCGAACCCGAGAGGGUCGCGUCCGUGCUGGAGAGGCUGAAGGAGGACUGCAACAACACAGAGAGCAAGGAGCGAAAGUCCUUCCAGAAAGAACUCCUGACGGCUUUGUUGAAGAUGGACUGCCAGGGCCUCGUGGCCCGGCUGGUCAUGGACUUUGUCCUGCUGACCACGGCCGUGGAGGUGGCGGGACGCUGGCGGGAGCUCGCCGAGAGGCUCGUCAAGGUGUCACGCCAGCAGAUGGACGCUUACGAGGCGCCGCAUCGCGACAAGAACGGGGUGGUGGACAGCGAGGCCAUGUGGAAGCCGGCGUACGACUUCCUGGUCACGUGGGCCGCGCAGAUCGGCGACAGCUACAGGGACGUGAUCCAGGAGCUGCACAUGGGCCUGGACAAGAUGAAGAACCCCAUCACCAGGCGCUGGAAGCACCUGACCGGCACGCUCAUCCUCGUCAACUGCCUGGACGCCCUGCGGAGCUCCGCCUUCAGCCCCGCCGCUCAGGACGACGACUACGCCAUCUGAGGCCCCGCCUCCCCUCGCCGUCUCCCGGAGCAGAGUUGCUGCACGUCAGCUGUGCCGCUCACGCUGAACGUCGCCGCCGCCGUGUGUUGUUUUGUUCCCGCGGCGCCGCCUUUAGCUCCUCCCCCCUCAGAGCGCCCUCCGUCUCCGCUGGCGGGCCAAACAACACGGAGCUGUGCGCAGCUCGCAGUAUUAACAGAGACUCUUUUAAUAGUUCCCGUGUUGCAUAGUUAUGUAUUUUUGUACUAUGAAGCCUUUGGUUAAGAACUGUGGAUCCAACGCCCAGAAAGUCACUUUUUCAAGAGGAGACACUUUUAGAUAUCGUAUCCUUAUUACCGUAGCCUCGUCACGUGUCAAAUCCGUUCUAUUUAUUGUCACUCUUUUCUCCUCUACUUCAGGUUCCCUCUCUCUCUCAACGCCGUCCGGCUCCUUUCAGAGAUACAAAUAUUCGGUUGUCCGUCUUUGACCCGACGCUGAAAACACUGAAUAUUUUAUUAAUCUUUCACAAGUUUGAAUCAAGCUCUUGAAUAGUAGAAAAAAAUCAUGUCAAUGAAUUUAAUAGUUAACAGAACUGAAAACAUUCUCCCUGUUUUUCCGAUGUGAGGAUUUGCUGUUAAUUUGAUAAUUAACUGCUGGUCUUACAAAACCAGUGUCUGACAAUUAAUGUUUUUCUUAUAAACUGUAUUCAUUUUUUCUCCUGUGAACUCAGAGUCCACUCACUCACUUCUUCGGGUGCUUUUGACCUCGUCUCAUGGUCUUCAUCAGCAGUUUGCUGGGUGGGACGUCGGAGGCUAAACGCUCCAGAGCAAGUCAGAGAGUAAACGAGUAAAUUAGUUUUUUUUUCGCGAUUGACAAAUUAACUUUUAAUUAUCAUUUUUGGAUCAAAAUAAAUCAGCCUUAUCUUCCACCGAUCAAACCGUAGCCACUAAUCCCUCAACUCGCUGUCUCUUGUCUCUAUUGCUUUUGUCCCAUGGAAGUGAUUGUUACCAAAGCUUGCCAAAAAUCAAUACAGCUCCACACAGAUGACCUUGUACAAUGUUCGGACCACUCUUGUGAUGACACUGUCUGUCAAUGCUGAUUAGGUUCCGUCUCAGUGCUGCAUACUGUGCAAUGUGGUGGGUGUGAAAACCUUUUUGUGACUGCAUACUUUUGUGGAACAUACUAAAUAAAAAUGUAAAUAUUUGGACACGA